GGGAUGCCCGUCCUGCGCCGGCCGUUUCCCAGCGGAGCCGUCAGCUGACGCCGCCGUUUCCUGGCUGCCGCCCGCCAUGCUGCGGCUCCUGCUCCCGCUGGCCGCCCUGGCCGCGCUCCUCCGGGCGGCGUUUUGUUUACAGAAUGAACCUGAGAGGAGUUUUGGGAUUGAUUAUGAAUCCAACACCUUUGUCAAGGAUGGGAAACCUUUCCGUUACAUCUCCGGUAGCAUUCACUACUCGCGGGUGCCCUCGUAUUACUGGAAAGACCGCCUGCUGAAGAUGAAGAUGGCAGGGCUUGAUGCCAUUCAAACGUAUGUCCCAUGGAACUACCACGAAACCCAGAUGGGCACGUAUGACUUUUUUGGUGGCAAAGAUCUAGAGUAUUUCCUGCAGCUUGCCAAUGACACUGGAUUGCUUGUUAUCCUGAGAGCUGGACCUUACAUCUGUGCAGAAUGGGACAUGGGAGGUCUUCCUGCAUGGCUGUUGGAAAAGAAAUCUAUUGUUCUCAGGUCUUCUGAUUCAGAUUACCUGGAAGCAGUAGAGAGAUGGAUGGGUGUCCUUUUGCCAAAGAUGAGACCUUAUCUCUAUCAAAAUGGAGGUCCAAUCAUCAUGGUGCAGGUAGAGAACGAGUACGGAAGCUACUUCGCUUGCGACUACGACUACCUGCGCUUCCUUCUGAAGCUCUUUCGCCUGCAUCUUGGGGAUGAGGUGGUGCUCUUCACAACUGAUGGUGCCAGCCAGUUUCACUUGAAAUGUGGGGCUCUCCAGGGUCUUUAUGCAACGGUGGACUUUGCUCCAGGUGGCAAUGUCACAGCAGCAUUCUUAGCUCAAAGGAGCAGUGAACCCAAGGGCCCUUUGGUUAAUUCUGAGUUUUAUACUGGAUGGUUGGAUCACUGGGGGCACCGUCAUUCUGUUGUGCCCGCAGAAACUAUAGCUAAAACACUUAAUGAAAUCCUGGCACGUGGUGCUAACGUUAACCUGUACAUGUUUAUAGGUGGGACUAACUUUGCCUAUUGGAAUGGUGCUAAUAUGCCUUACAUGCCUCAGCCCACUAGUUAUGACUAUGAUGCUCCCCUGAGCGAGGCAGGAGAUCUGACAGAAAAGUAUUUUGCCUUGAGAAAAGUCAUUGGUAUGUAUAAGGAGUUACCAGAAGGUCUUAUCCCUCCAACAACACCCAAAUUUGCAUACGGGAAGGUUCGCUUGCAUAAGGCAGGCACUGUGUUGGAGGUUCUUGAUGGACUGUCACGUUCUGGACCAGUGAGAAGUACUUACCCAUUGACUUUUGUUGAGCUGAAGCAGUAUUUUGGAUAUGUAUUGUAUAGAACUACACUUCCAAAGAACUAUGUGGAGCCAACACCACUGUCUUCAACUUUAAAUGGAGUCCAUGAUCGUGCCUAUGUCUCUGUCAAUGGGGUACCUCAGGGUGUCCUUGAAAGGGAGAAAUCACUUAAGAUAAAUAUAACUGGGCAGGCUGGAGCAAAUCUGGACAUCUUGGUAGAGAAUAUGGGCCGAGUCAACUUUGGUAGAUACAAUAAUGACUUUAAGGGUCUAGUUUCAAAUUUAACUCUUGCUCAAGAUAUACUUGUUGGAUGGGAAAUCUAUCCUCUAGACAUAGAUGGAGCAGUGAACUACGACAUUAUUUAUCCCCUUCCUAACCAGAAGACAUCUGCUGUCAAAGCACUGAGUUACGAAGUACCUACUUUUUACACUGGUACUCUUUCAAUUCCUGGAGGGAUUCCAGACUUGCCACAAGACACCUAUGUCAAUUUUCCUGGUUGGACAAAGGGGCAAAUUUGGAUCAAUGGCUUUAAUCUUGGUCGCUACUGGCCAGCCCGUGGUCCUCAGCUGACCCUUUAUGUUCCAAGGAAUGUGCUUGUUGCCUCGGCACCAAACAACAUAACGGUGUUGGAGCUGGAGCACUCUCCUUGCAGCGCCCAGGCCUGCGACAUAGAAUUUGUAGAUGAACCUAAUAUCAAUGCAACCCUACUGCAUGAAACUGAUAAACCCCCACUCUUCGUUAGAGAGAUGUGGACGAGGCAUCUAUAA